AGAGUUGGUAUUACCCGAAGACAUUGUCGUCCUCCUAUUGUCUCCGCAGGACUGCUUAUUCUACUGAUACUGCUACUUCAUUAUCGGCCUAUUUCUAAGCUGAAUGAAAAAGGACAUCAUGGGGGUGGGGGGGUCUACGUCAGACAUUGGCUCAAUUCAGGGACCCAUUAAAAACGUUUGUUACAACAAUUCACCAAAACGGAAUUCCUAAAAAUGUUAGGAGAACACGAAGUAUUAUUCAUUCGCGAUGGAGGAAGGGGCACAAAGGCAGUUAUUGUUGACUGCAGAUGCCCGCCAGUGGUGCAUCACCCUCUAAACAUUAGCCAAUCACGGCGCAUAGCACGACCGAGUGAAGGCGGGGUCUAAUUUACCAUCGGCUUGAGAUAGGGUAUUCAAACGGUUUGCCGGUCAGGGACCGAGGAUUGCCCCCUCUAUUGAACCCCCUCUAUAUUACGCUGGAAUUCGGCCCUCGGAUUUUAGAAGAGAAUCUUUUAAUUUGCAUGGGGUAGAAUCAUCACUUUGUCUUGUAUGGUUUGCAUUUGGGGCCGGUGCUUUACCUGUGGCGUGCGCAUGGAUGGAUAGAUGGAGGACGCAGUCUAUUGAGUGCAUGUGUAGUGUUUAAGGGUAACCAAAUAGGCCUAUUUCAACCUAAAAUCGCUGCGUACAUACGGCGGAGGGUUCACAGUUCACCCUCAUAUGGAUGGAUCCUUCGUUCGGACUGGUACCCAUGGAAUACAAAGAGCACGCUGGUGAACAUGUCUGGCUGCGGGAAUCCACACCUCUGAAGGAGCGUCCCAGCAGACCUCCCCUGACGGAGAAGCUCCACCUGAACAUCACCAUCUGCCGCUCGUCUCCAUAGCCCCAGCCAUGAGGGCGACUUUGAGGUGAUCCGGUUUGGACUGCGCCCCUGCGGGAUCCGGGGAGCUCCGUGCCGUGUGGAAUUAUCGGCGUGCACGUUGUCUCAGCACUAGGAUUCCUUUGUGUAAAAGGUUUUUUCUUUUUUUGGGUGCAUUUGGAGCUGGGGCUCCAAAAACAGAGUCCACCGUUGCACCCAGGUCCUCUGUCUUUGUGACCCUCAGCAGAGAUGGCAGCCGGCCGGCAAGAGGCGCCGGAUCAUCAGCCUGAAAACGGAUUCACGCCGUUGGAUCACACGCCACCCAGACUGUUACCCCAGAUAGAUGCGUCGGUCCUGCCGUCCCUGGGGGGUUUUGGAAAGCACCAGAAGCAGCUCGUGGUUUUGACUUGGAUACCGGCCUUAUUUAUUGGAUUUAGUCAGUUCUCCGAUUAUUUUCUUUUGGCGCAACCCAAUGGGACGUGUGUGCAUCCCCCGGCCAACGACAGUAGCUGGACCGGGGCGCCGCCGCUGCUGGCAGCCCCCGGCGGCACGCCCGCGUUUCACCUCGGCAGCAAUGAGACCGGCGAGAGUUACAGCGGAGGCAUGGCCAUGCUCUGCGCUUGCAAGGAGUGGAAGCUGGAGCUGCUGACGGGACUCAGUCAGAAUGUUGUUACCAAGUGGAACUUAGUGUGCGACUCUGCCUGGAAGGUCCACAUUGCCAAGUUCUCUCUACUGGUGGGCUCCAUAUUUGGCUACCUGGUGAUGGGUGUCAUGGCUGACUGGUUUGGCCGGCAGCCUGUGCUGAUCCUCUCGGUGCUGUUCGUGCUGGUGUUCGGCCUGAGCGUGUCCUUCUCCGUCAACGCGACCAUGUUCAGCACGCUGCGCUUUUUCGAGGGCUUUUGCCUCGCCGGCCUCACGCUCUCCCUCUACGUGCUCCGAAUUGAGCUUUGUCUGCCAGACUGGCGCUUUUCCAUGACUAUGGUGGCCAGUUUUCUGAUGGUGGCAGGGCAGCUUUUGAUGCCAGGAGUCGCAGCUUUGUGUCGUAAUUGGCCAGAUCGGGAUGACUGGCAGGUGCUCCAAAUCGUUAUAAUCAGCCCCUUCGUCCUGAUGCUGCCCUACGUCUGGAUUUUUCCUGAGUCUCUCCGCUGGUUGCUGGCUACCCAGCACUACAGAAGGUCCAAAGUAAUGAUGCUACGCAUUGCCAAGAAGAACCAGGUUGAUAUGACAACCGAGCCCAGCGGGGUUUUGAUAGAGUUGGAACAGGAACUGCACAAGAAACCCCAAAGGACCUGCAUCGUCAAGAUGAUGAGCACCAGGAACCUGUGGAAAAACAUUGUGGUGCUCUGUGUCAACUCGUUGACGGGCUACGGGAUCCACCACUGCUUCUCGCGCAGCAUGAUGGACCCUGAGGCUCGGCUGACGGCCAUGUGCCACACCGACUACUACACCAUGGCGGGCAUCGCCCUGGCAACUUGCCUGGCGGUGUGUCCGGCGGUGGCGCUGAUGGGCAGGCGGGGCGGGCUCCUCACCUUCAUGAUCAUCACCGCCCUGGCCUCGCUGCUGCAGCUGGGUCUGCUCAACCUGAUCGGGAAGUACAGCCUUCGUCACGACACAGUGCUGCGAGACACACUGAACCGGAAGUUCUCUGUGGCCUUCUCCAUCAUCGGCAUGUUCUCGUCUCACGCCGUCAGCACGCUCAGCAUUUUCUUCUGUGCCGAAAUCACGCCCACGGUCAUCAGGGGUGGAGGCCUUGGCCUGGUGCUGGCCAGCGCCGGCUUCGGCAUGCUCACCGCCCCGAUCAUGGAGCUCCACAACCAGAAGGGCUACUUCCUGCACCACGUCAUCUUCGCCUGCUGCACCCUGCUGUGCAUCAUCUGCCUGCUGCUGCUGCCAGAGCCGCGCGGCCAGCCGCUGCCCGAGAGCCUGGCAGACGGGGAGAGCUUCACCCGGCAGACCCUGCUGCGGCCCGGGGAGCAGCACCUCCUGCUGGCAAAGACAGACAGGGACUACUCCCGCGUGCACGACACGCCCAUCCAUCUCACAGCCACAGGCAGCGCCACCGUGGCAGCGGCCACCGCUCUGGCAGCGGUGCCCGCCUCAUACGCCCUGGCGACUGGAGGAGAGCUCCUCGACAACUGUGCCGUAGCCAAUGGGGUGAAGGCGUCGUAGCGGAUAGCGGUUGGGUCACGCUGUUAAUCAUGUGGAAAAAUGUAACCUCUUAGCCUGUGGGGUUGAUGAGCUGGUAGGUGCCCAGGGAAUUAGAUUUCAGAUUAAACCAAAAAAAAAAAAGGAAAAAUUUGUGUAAUGAAAUGACAACUCUGAUUGAAUGGGGAACAGACUGGAGUGUUGUGUUGAGCCAGCAGCUCAAUGUUGAAGGGGUUUGUGAUUGUGCGGAUUGUGACUUCAAGGACUGCAGUGCAUUAAUCUCAAGUCAGUGCGCACUACUGAUGCAAACCAAACAGUUGUGGUGGUUUAGGUUUAAGAUGAUUUGGACUCACUGUACUGUCAACCUUGUCUCCUGCCACAGAGCAGCAGAGCCAGUGUACGAGGGGAGAUGAGAAGACCAGAGAGUAGACUAGCACUCAAUAAUGAUCUCUGUUGUUUGGAGUUUGACCUGGUGAGAGAGGGGAGCUCACUGCAUUGUAUUUUAUUUUUGGGUCAUUUUGCACUUAAGUCCAAGACACAAUCAAGUGCUUGUAAGUUUCCAGCCAACACAUUUAAAAUCCAGGGAUUGGCUGAAACACUACAACUAUUUUUGCAUGACCGUGCAUAAAUGGGUUUAUAUUAUGAUCUGCAUUUCCUCUACUCUGAUGUGUUGUUCCUUCACUAGAAGUCCAUUUGGCACUUUAUUUUUUAGUAAGUUAGUAUGGUCAGUGUAUACACGUUUUGAAUUAUCUUAGUAAAGGUUGUAUGAUGGCUGAUUUAACAGCAGCUGGAGACUAUGGCAAACUGCAUGGACGGUAUGCCAAAACUGAGCAAUGCCAAAAUAAUGAAGUACCUGUGAGUUGAACAGACAUUAAAGUAAUCAGCUUUACUCUGUCUUAUGACACGUCUCAGAAAUUGUAUGGCUUUAUGAUGGUUUUGUUCUUUGACAAAACAUUAACAAUGUAAUUAAAAAAAGCUAUUUAUUUUG